GUGAGACACACAGGAGAAGUGCAGGGACUCUUACUUUUCAUUCACUUUGAAAUUUCUAGUUGGUGUCCCUGUGAGUGUGAGGAUGUGUGCAUUUGUGUGUAAGAUAAAGACAGAGGGACAAGCAGAAAGGCAGCUAAAAGCACAAAUGAAUAGGUAUGUUACAUAAAGUAAUCAGAAGGAAUUAGCACUUGAGUGUGUUGAAGUGCUUCAUUCAGACGAAAGAGUAAAAGAGUCAUAAUCGAGGAACAGAAAUGGAGAGACUUGAAGUUUGAACACAGAGAGAGAAAAGAAAAGGUAAAACAAGAUGUGGAAUGUUUCACACGCAUCCCUUUGUUGUCAGUGGGGAGUGUGAGAGAGAAGGAGACCUGCAUACGUGAAUCAAAGUGAGAAAGGUUUGGUGAAUUUGAAAAGAGUAUUAGCAGAAGUCAGAGUGGUGCCAGAGGGAGGGUUGAAGGAGGUCUGGAAACAGAAAGAGAGGAGGGGGAAAGGGUGGAACAGAGGUACUGUAAGAAGGAGAGGGGGAAGAGAGGGGAGAAGGAGAGACAGAAGGAGGCAGAGAAAGACAGAGUGAAGGAACACAGAGAGCAAGUGACAGAGAAACAGAAGAGCAGAGAGAGAGAAAGCAGUAUCAUGCUAGUGCAUUGGCUCUCUUUUAAAGGAAUUCCCCUGCGGUGAUGUCUGAAAGGCGACGAGUGGAUGUCGAGGUGACACCCAAGGCUGAGUGAUCCAGACAGGAUUGCACACCAGGGAAACAGCUCAGAGACGCGCGCGGCCGCUCCAGACAUGACAGCUCAUCCAUUUGGAAAUUAAACACAAAGUGACAGGGGAACAAAUUGAGGACCUCCAGCCAAAGGGGGAGGACCCAGUGGGACUGCUGGCCUCUCUCAUCUCGUCUUUCCUCUCUUUCUCUCUCUCUCUCUCUCUCUCUCUGUUACUCAUCCUCUUCUGCCCCAACUGCCCCCAUGGCAGCCAAUAUCUGCCCCUCUCCAGGAGCCAGCCACUGGAACAGCCACUCAUCUGACCUCUAACCUCCACGUAACCUCUCACCUAAUCCCGACUCCAGAGCCCUCAGCAGUCCCCUCACCUCGGACACGGACUCAGUAGAAUGUUCUGGAAGCUGGCCUUACCCAUGCUGCUGGCAUGGAGCCUGUGCAUCACAGCGGACUGUAAGAAGGCCCGGGGCCCCCAGGGCUCCAUCCCGUCUCCGUACAAGCUGAAGGACAACAGCCUGUUGGUGCCCCAGCCCCCGGCGCUGCUGCAGCCCAUGGGGAAGCCGGAGGUGCUGGCGUCCAGCCGCGAGGCCCUGGUGGUCACCGAGAGGAAGUACCUGCGCAGCGACUGGUGCAAGACGCAGCCGCUGCGGCAGACGGUCAGCGAGGAGGGCUGCGUGAGCCGCACGGUGGUCAACCGCUUCUGCUACGGCCAGUGCAACUCCUUCUACAUCCCGCGCCACAUCCACACGCCCUCCUCCUCCUCCUCUUCUACAUCCGGCUCGCGCCAGCAUCGCCAGAGGCGCAAGCAGCCCGCGCAUGGAGCCUCCUUCCAGUCCUGCGCCUUCUGCCGGCCACACCGGGUCACCACGGUGACGCUGCGCCUGCACUGCCCGGGCCUGGACCCGCCGUUCCGCCACAGGAAGGUCCAGCGUGUCAAACAGUGCCGCUGCGUGUCCGUCAGCGUCAACGACACACAGUGAGGCGGGGGGCGGGGGAAGUAAAGCUGCCCCAGUGCUCGGAGGAACACCAGUGUGGAACAUGUAGGGGGGUAUUUCUCUGUUGCAUGGGGACAUUUAAUGCUUACCUGGUUCUAUAGGAAGUACUGUAUGGACCCAUUUCCUGUUUCCAUGGAGCAUUUUUUCACACAAGAUGGGCAUUACUGGGCAGAACUCAUCCACAGGACAGUGCCUUGUCUGGUCACCUCUCUGUGCUCGUCUUAUUUAAUCCCGCUGGUUGAAUCUGCCGUCACCAACUCACCCCAGGGUUGGGACCUCUCUUGUUUAGGACAAAUGUUUUGAUUGUUUUGAACUUCGCCUGUAGGGGACAGAGUGUACAGAGGAGUGCUCUGAACUCUGACCUCUUCUUGACCGGAGGUCAACUGUCUCUUGAACCUUACCCUCUCCCCCUCCCUGGCCUGAAUCCAAACCCUCUUACUGAGGCGCUGCAGAUAAGACGAAUCCCCAGAGUCUAGCCCCCCCCCCCUCCCCCUCAGGCCCCCUGCACGACUGCUGCAGCUCCGAGACAAGACUUCAACAUGAGCCAUAACCAUAGAGGAGGAUGGAGAACUAAACAAUAGAACUAAGACUGUGACACAAAGGCUACAGAACUGUCUCUCCACCAAUGGCAUUUCAGUGCAGUGUGUGUGUGUAGCCAAUAAGGUUGGAGAUUGCUAAGAUGUCUGUUGAAAGCCACUACAGGAUGUCUUCACCACAUGUACCUUCUUUUUUUUUGUACCACAGAAAUAUUUAACAAGAGUAUCCUGAUAGAUAAAGGAAUUUAUAUAUGAUAAAGGUACUGAAUAAUUUUAAAUAUAUAUGUUCAAAGUUUAAAAUAUUAUUAUAUAAUAAAUCUAUUCUACAAUAUGCUGAAGAGAUGUUUGUUUUCACUCAUGCAAGAGAUUCCCCA